GGCUCACCGAAUGUACAAGUUAGAUGUCUACCAGGAAGUUAAGUUCUGCACGGCGCCGCUAAGGAAGUCACAUGCGCAUUGAUGUCUGUUUAUGUCCAAGUGAGCGCUGCACAGUGUAGUUCCAUAAGAGAUGCGGUGUCAGACCGGCUGGUGGCUUCCUAGCUUCCUGACCCCGGCCUUUCUGGGUGCCAGACGGUCACUGUUUUUACUGGGAGUGAAGACCUAGCCCCAAGUGAGAAGUCCGGCAGACGGAGAACAGGAUAAGACACAGAGAAUAGGACUCCGCACAGGGACCUGGGGGCCCGUCCGCCUUGCCAUGGAGGCUGUAACCCGCGAGCAUGACAUGCCAGGAGGGCAUCCUGGAGAAGGCCGGCGAGCCCUGUGGGAGCCGGGGCCGCGGGGGCGGGCGGAGGACUGGGCGGGGAACGCGGGUGACUCACGUCGGCCCUGUCCGCAGGUCGACCAUGGUGGCCGGGACCCGCUGUCUUCUAGUGUUGCUGCUUCCCCAGGUCCUCCUGGGCGGCGCGGCCGGCCUCAUUCCGGAGCUGGGCCGCAAGAAGUUCGCCGCGGCGUCCGGCCGCCCCUCGCCCCGGCCUUCGGAAGACGUCCUCAGCGAGUUUGAGUUGAGGCUGCUCAGUAUGUUUGGCCUGAAGCACAGACCCAACCCCAGCAAGGACGCCGUGGUGCCCCCCUAUAUGCUGGACUUGUACCGCCGGCACUCGGGCCAGCCGGGAGCGCCCGCCCCGGACCACCGGCUGGAGAGGGCAGCCAGCCGCGCCAACACCGUGCGCAGCUUCCACCACGAAGAAGCCGUAGAAGAACUACCAGAAAUGAAUGGGAAAACGGCCCGUCGUUUCUUCUUCAAUUUAAGUUCUGUCCCCGCCGACGAGUUUCUUACAUCUGCAGAACUGCAGAUUUUUCGGGAGCAGAUGCCGGAAGCUUUGGGAAACAAUAGUUUCCAGCACCGAAUUAAUAUUUAUGAAAUUAUAAAGCCUGCAGCAGCCAACUUGAAAUAUCCCGUGACUAGGCUAUUGGACACCAGGUUAGUGAAUCAGAACACAAGUCAGUGGGAGAGCUUUGAUGUGACCCCGGCUGUGAUGCGCUGGACUGCGCAGGGACACGCCAACCAUGGCUUUGUGGUGGAAGUGGCUCAUUUAGAGGACAAGCCAGGUGUCUCUAAGAGACAUGUGAGGAUUAGCAGGUCUUUGCACCAAGGUGAACACAGCUGGUCACAGAUAAGACCAUUGCUAGUGACUUUUGGCCACGAUGGAAAAGGACAUCCACUGCACAAAAGAGAAAAACGCCAAGCCAAACACAAACAGCGGAAACGCCUCAAGUCCAGCUGCAAGAGACACCCCCUGUACGUGGACUUCAGUGACGUGGGGUGGAAUGACUGGAUCGUGGCCCCGCCAGGCUACCACGCCUUCUACUGCCACGGGGAGUGUCCUUUUCCCUUGGCCGAUCACCUGAACUCCACUAACCAUGCUAUCGUACAGACGCUGGUGAACUCUGUGAACUCCAAAAUCCCGAAGGCUUGCUGUGUUCCCACCGAACUCAGCGCAAUCUCCAUGUUGUACCUGGAUGAGAAUGAAAAGGUUGUGCUAAAAAACUAUCAGGACAUGGUUGUGGAGGGCUGUGGGUGUCGUUAGCACAGCAAAAAUAAAUAAAUAAAUAUAUAUAUAUUUUAGAGAAAGAAAAUCCCCUCCUCCCCUCCUCCCCCACCAAAAAACAGCUGACACUUUAAUAUUUCCCAAUGAAGACUUUAUUUAUGGAAUGGAAUGGAAAAAAACACAGCUAUUUUGAAAAUAUAUUUAUAUCUAUGAAAAGAAGUUGGGAAAGCAAAUAUUUUAAUCAGAGAAUUAUUCCUUAAAGAUUUAAAAUGUAUUUAGUUGUACAUUUUAUAUGGGUUCAACUCCAGCACAUGAAGUAUAAUGGUCAGAGUUAUUUUGUAUUUAUUUACUAUUAUAACCACUUUUUAGGAAAAGAAUAGUUAAUUUGUAUUUAUAUGUAAUCAAAAGAAAUAUCGGGUUUGUAUAUAAUUUUCCAAAAAAAUUGUAGUUGUUUUUCAGUGUGUGUAUUUAAGAUGCAGAGUCUACAUGGAAGGUCACUGGGCAAAGUGCUUGCACAUUUGCUUCUUGUUUUUUGCAGCACUACUGUUAAAGUUCACAAGUUCAAGUCCAAAAAAAAAAAAUGGAUAAUCCACUCUGCUGACUUUCAAGAUUAUUAUAUUAUUCAAUUCUCAGGAAUGCUGCAGAGUGGUUGUCCAAUCCAUGAGAACUUUCAUUCUUAUUAGAGGGAAUAUUUGGAUAAGAACCAGACAUUGCUGAUCUGAUAGAAAAGCUCUCGCUGCCCUCCUUGCAGAAAGAAUAAAGCAGGACCAGUGGAAAUAGUUAGGAAAACUGUGACCAUGUUGGGACAUGAUAAUAGCGCCUUGUUCUUUCUUAAACGCAUGAUCCCUUCCAGGGGGCUGAUCUGGCCAAAGUACUAAAUAAAGUCUGAUAUUUCUUCUUUAUUAACAUUGUGGUCAGAUAUAUGUACAACUGAUUAUCUUGUGGCCUUCAGAAGGAAGUGGAAAUUGAUUUGUAUUUUGCGUUUACCCCAUCUGCAAGCUCUUUAUUCUCCAAAGUACCCAAUUUUCUACAGGUGCCCAACACUCAGCAACACUGAACACAUCAUGUUUUCUGCCCACACCCCGUUCUCUGUUCUCUGACCUAUCAGCUUGCUUUUCUUUCCUGAAGAUAUGUGAUUGAACAUAUUUCUCCGAGUGUUAAACCUGUUUCAGAUAAUAAAUAUCAAAAUCCUGGCAUGUCAUCCUAUGAAAUCCAACUGGAGAGCGCAGAUGGCGCGUGUGUUAAGUGUUCCCAAUGUCGUCCUGGGUUUGCAUUUUCAUUCCUGAGGUGAAUGAUUUCAAGGUUGGGGGACAUGACUUAAAUGGUUGGAGAAGUCCAAGCAAACCCAGUUAGCACCAAAGGACUUAUCAGUGAGUUAAUAGUUUUCAUAGGAGCAGGAAAAAAAUGUGAGGGAAAGCAGGUGCCUAAAACAAAGCAAAGUUUGGAGAAACCAACGUGAAGAGAUGUAAUCCCAUGCAACAGGCCACAGUGCCAAAACCUGGAGUGUCUGUGAUCAGCUUCUGCAGCACAUCUGCCAGCUGGCCAGCUGCCCAAACAGAGUGAGGUCAAAUGGGGUUCUGGAGAGUGAACCUCAGCAGAGGCAGAGCUCGGGCUGGAAGAGAAGCUUAGGCAGGGCUUCGUGGCUACGUUUGCAGAGUGGGGAGUCACAGUGCUAGUUACUUGAGAAUGUGUGUCCCCUGUAGUUCUCCAUCAUCAGCGAAGCCUAGUUCUCACCUCCGUUCCCAACCUGUGCUGGAAAGCAGUGUGCUUCCAGUGGGGCAGGCUGUUACUACUAACUUCUUCCAGGUACCGCCAUAGGAUGGCCCUGAGCACACUUAACCUUUGGAAGCUUUGAAGUUCUCAAGAUCUUGUUUUAAAUGAGUGCUGUGAUAAUCUUUCAAAGCAUCCUUUUUUAUCCAUUUUGCUGUGGCUUUUGUCCACGUAGAAACCAUCAGAACCAGAUAUGGAUAGCCAUGUCCUCCUUGUCCUUCUGUCAUUCUUUACUAUCUCUUGCCAUGGGUACUGGUAACACACUACAGUCUUAACACCGUAAAAAAGAAUGAACCACGUUUUCCAUCUCCAAAUUCUCCUGAUGGGAGUGGGAGUAGUCAGCAGGGAUCCCAUCUUGUAGCAGGUCCGUCCUGGGCACUUUCUUUUCCAUUGUUUCUGAUUUUCUUGGCUAAAUUUACUUGUCGAACAGCAGGUCCUAUGUGAUAUUUGUGUAUAUACAUAUAUGUGUGUAUAAUGCAUCUAGUGUGUAUAUGUUCUAAUUUAUGCCUAUAUGUGAAGAUUAUAUAUGUUAUAUGCAUAAAUGGUAGUGGCACUUUCAAUUUCUAUUUAGGUUCAGAGGUUUUGCAAUAAAUGGAGCUAUGCCAUUCUUACACAA